UAUUGAGGAGCUGGCAUCGGUGCGUAACGAGACAGACUCAACUUCAGAAGAUGGGUGACUAUUGCGAAGAAGAGGAGAGGCGAGCAUCGUCUGCAGCAAAGUUUAAACGAGUGAGGGAGGAACAAAACCUGGUUGAAGCUUUUCCGAUAGGAAAACAGACCAAGUCCGUUGGAAGUUCCAACAUAGAGUCAAUGAGGUUGCAGAAGUCUUUAAGGCUGAACGUGGCAGAAUUGACUCCAUCCAGCACAAGAAGCUCUGUUGCACCUGUUGAUGACUUUGCUCUCUCACUGAAUCCAAACGAAACAAAAACACCAUUUUCUUCUGUGGACCAGGUGCAGCACAUACAUACCCCCACACCCUUUUCACCUGAACGUACGUCUUACAGAUUUAGGAGCUGGUCUGAAGGUGUGUUCCAGUGUAAAUUGACCAGACUGGUGUUUAAGAUGACUCGGGGUGAGGUGAUGUACUGUAUCAUCCAGUGGAACGAGGACCUCCUCAAAUCAGCUGGAAAGACCCCUGCAGGUCCACUCUUUAGCAUAAGUUGUUCUGAGGGUUCUGUUUCUCAGCUGCACCUCCCACACUGUGGAAAUCUACCUGGUCUCUCCGUGGUCCACAUUAGUAAUGAUGGGAUGAGCAUCCUUCAGCCCCUGGAGAUCACAGCCUCUCACGUGGUCGUGGAUGUACCUCACUUAUCUGCCUUUGGCUUGGUGUGGGAUACCAUCAAACAACCUCCAAACACCCAGAUACCAAUAUGUGGACAAGUGCUGUUGUUCCACCGACCGCCGUACAAGAAUCAAAGCCAAAAGCUCAACGUGUUUCUGCUGCCACGAAAUGUGCCGCUGCAAGAGGUGAAAUACCAUCAGGAAAUGGCGGAGCACAUCGAGGCGCCUUCCUCUUGUCAGCUCACUAUAGGCCAGUUUUACAGUCUUCUCUGUCCUGAGGCUGACUUGAUACAGCCUGAGCGUGCUCAGUUUGACCUGAAUUAUGGACCAAACUACCACCCAACAUUUGAGAUUCGAAUGACUCCGAACACAAAGAAAGUUACUGUGAGAGUCCGAGACCAAGAGGAGAGACAUGUCUGGGAGUAUCUUGCAGAACUACCUGUUUCAGGUGGAAUGUCCUCCUCAGCUCCAGGCCCAUCAAGCCAGAUAACCCACACUAUAACCAGUGACUCAGCCUCAUCACUCCCUGGACUAGUUGGAAAUGGAGAUGUACAAGCAUCUUCAGCCUUAAGUCCCCUGUCAGCCCAACCGACAUCCACUGAGCCAGGAUCAUCGUCCCUGGUCACAAGUGACAGAAGAGUUUCAGGUGGAAUGUCCUCCUCAGCUCCAGGCCCAUCAAGCCAGAUAACCCACACUAUAACCAGUGACUCAGCCUCAUCACUCCCUGGACUAGUUGGAAAUGGAGAUGUACAACUAUCUUCAGCCUUAAGUCUCGUGUCAGCCCGACCUCCAUCCACUGAGCCAGGAUCAUCGUCCCUAGUCACAAGUGACAGAAGAGGUCCUCAGCAGCUGAAGUCUGUUCGGGCAGAGUUUAUUAACAGAGUGUCUGAUCCUGUUCUGAAGAAUCUGCUGAAUGAGCUUCUGCAGACAAAGGUUAUAAACAGUAGUGAACUGGAAGAGAUGCAAGCCUUGUCCAGGGAAGACAAAGCUGGUAAGCUGAUCGACACCGUGAUGAACAAGGGAUCAGAUGCUUGUAAAGUCAUGAUCGACGCUUUCCGUAAAAUAGAUCCAUUUGUUUUUCAAACACUGAAUUUACACUGAAAUUACAAUGAGCUUCAAAUCUGUGUAUUUUGAAAACUCAAAAACAUGGACGUCAGUGUUUUAAACAUGACUUGUUAAUACAGUGUUUUACACAGACACAACUAUCAACUGUUAAUGAUCCCUCAAAUUUUCUAUGUUAAAUGACAAAAUUUGUGUGUAAAGCAAGGAAUACAUUAACACUACCAGUCAAAAGUUUGGACACACCCUGAAAUUCAAUCCAAACUUUUGACUGAAGGUGUAUUUUUACAUUUUACGCUUAUCUUAAUGUUGUGGUGGCACAUUGGUGUGGUGGUUAGCACUGAUGCUUCACAGUGAGUCUGACUCUUGUCUAGGUCUCGCUUGUAAAAGACGUAUUUGAUCUCGGUGGGACAAACCAUAAAUCCCAAUCUGCCCUUGUCUUUUUCUGUUGCUGCUCCCAAACUAUGGAACAAUCUACCACAUCAGACCAGCUCCUCACUGUGUGUUUUAAAACCUGUUUCAAAACCCAUUUUUAUUCCAUUGUGGUGCAGCUGUUCAACAACUCACCUUUCUGUAACUCCAUGUUAUAAAUAAGACAGAUAAAUCAGCCAUUUAGCGUUAAACUUUCUUUUCUUGGUUUCACACACUCUGUUGAUAUUCUCAUCCCCUGCCUCCUUCCUCUUCUCCCCCCAGACGUCUGUCCCAAACACCACCACAUUUAGUUUAACUUUAAUGUUUAGCUUGUUCCCUUGUCUUUUUUUACAGCCUAUGCUCCCAAGGGAGUUGGUUUGACUUUGAUAUUGGUGGGAAAACAUUAUUUCACGUCACGUAGAGCAGAACAAUCAAGCAUAUGAUCACAGUCAGAAAAAACAAACAAAUCAACAUUUUACAUUCAUAUCUGAAUAUAUGAUGAGGACACAAGAAUUCAAUGCAUUCUGCAGUGUUAUAAAGUAUUUGGGUAUAAAUUAAGUAACAUUUGAACCUUUGAACAGGCAGAUUAGUGGCCACUGGUUCUUAUUCAGAUCAUCAUCACACUGACAUUUGUCACGGUGAUGAAUCUCAAGACAAACAUAUCCAUCAUGAUUUCACUUCACCUGGUAAUUUACAGCAUCUCCUUCAGCAUCUCCUCCUCCAUCUGCUCCAGCCUCUCUGCUGUCUGUCUCCUGACAAGAAUAUGUUGAUGUAUGACGCAUGACUAGAUUAGGGAUACAAUGAUUGUCGAGUUUGGUGGUACAAUUAUUGCUUCAGCAAAUAAGGCUUUUACUUUCACACAGUUAUCACACAAAUACAUGAAAGUAAUAAGUAAAAAUAACUUAAGAAGUAUAUCUCAUUGUCAUUAAAUCUUGUCUUUUAUUCAUUGUCUGUAUGGUUACAGUUAUAUAACCUUGAAUUAACUUGCACUCCAAAAAAAUCUUUUGUCUUUUGUCGAGUCUUCUUUUUCUUGACAUCAUUCACAAACACAUGCAAACACUUGGAUACAUAUAUGUUAUGUAUUGACAGCCCAAGUCUGUCCCUCCAGGGAUACGGUUACGCCCCCCUGUGUUAUGAGUUGUGAACUGACGUCCUGAAUUGAAGAGUAAU